CGUCACCCUACAGCUAGACGGACUGCUGGGAGGAAGCUUCGGCCAGAGAGACGUUGUUGACAUUUUGUUUUGUUAAGCUUUUGUCCGUAUUUUUUGGACAUUUCAACGAUAUUAUCCGCUAUUAUAAAAGCCCGCUUAUCGACUCUACCAUCACGCCUCAGUGCGGGGAUCCAGCAAAGAUGAAAUGGAUGUUUAAAGAGGACCAUUCCCUCGAGCACCGAUGUGUGGAGUCAGCCAAAAUACGCAACAAAUAUCCUGACAGAGUACCGGUGAUAGUGGAGAAGGUUUCUGGCUCUCAGAUAGUGGACAUUGAUAAGAGGAAGUACCUGGUCCCCUCUGACAUCACAGUGGCUCAGUUCAUGUGGAUCAUCAGGAAACGCAUUCAGCUGCCUUCAGAGAAAGCCAUUUUCCUCUUUGUCGACAAAACUGUCCCCCAAUCCAGUUUGACUAUGGGCCAGCUGUACGACAAGGAGAAGGACGAGGACGGCUUUCUGUAUGUGGCCUACAGCGGAGAAAACACUUUUGGUUACAAGUCCUUUUAUACAGCAAGGGGUUAAUACUUCACUGAAUACACACACACACACACACACACACACACACACACACAUGCACGGACACAUAAUUUAACAUAGACACAGUAAGACCCCGUAAAAUACUGGUGCACAAUGUUUCAGAAUUGGCCUUUUCGUGUUUUACAAGUAAUACACCCAUAUACUUGGCACAGUCAUUAAUGGUCAGAUUUUGAUACUUAACAGUACAAGCUUAAGGCGACAUUUAAUACACAAAAGUGCAACGACAAAGCUGUUCUAUUUUUGUUGACAGGCUCAGAUGAUCCUUAGUCUGAAGUAACGCUUGAUUGCUUUUUGUCUUGAUUGCUGUUGAAAGGUUGGUUGUGGAGAGAAUGAUCUUCAACACUGCCGUUAAGUAGGAAUAACAAUCACCACACACUAAAGCCACGUCAUAUAUCAUGGAUUUCUAAGUAUCAACCGCGGUAUUAAUGCUCCGAGAGACGCAGGCCAAUCGGCACCCAAUCACGCUCCAUUUCCUUUCAGUCCAGCUUGUUGUCAAAGAUAUCCGUGUUCUGCAUAAGUACGGUAAGGAAGAAAUCCUGUAAUCAUGUGAAUAGAAUCAUUAACCACGUUAUGGAUGUAUAUGUACGUGUCAUCUUAUCAUGUAUAACUACUUUACUAUGUAACUCUAAUUCCACAUGUACACUUUACCUGCUCGACAGGCAAUGAUGUAGCUACAGACUUAUAGAUGGAGGCAGCUCAUCUUAUUUAUGGUGUUCACAUGGUGGCCAUUUUCCCUUGAUGUCUCAGUCAGGGUUGGAGUGCAACUGAGUUUAUCAAAAGGGUAAUGUAGUUGUGCUGUGUCCCAGUUGUUAGAAUUGUGUACAUAUGAAAACUCAUGAUCAUUUUACUAGUGCCCGACCGAUACGGGAUUUAUUGGGGCCGAUACCGAUAUUAGGGAACCCGAAAACCCGAUAGAUAUAUCGGUGGCAUUGUGUUGAUCCCUCGAAUGCAGUUAUCAUACACUUGUGGAAAAGAUAUAUAAUGUAGACAAGAUGGUCUCUUAACUAGAAAGUAACUGUGCAUGUACGUGCCUCACCACUUGACACUCUGGAGAGUGAUGAUGCUCGAAUGAAAGGCUAUUUGACUGGUGAAUAAAUCUAGUCAUAUCGGAUAUUGGAGAUAAAAACAGUCAAGUGAUAUGAUAUCGGCCGAAAUCAUCGGCCGGCUGAUUAAUCGGUCUGGCUCUACAUUUUAACUAUUUGCAAUUCACCAGUGACUGAAAAGUAAAACAAAAAAAGUUCUAAUCUUGAAGGACAUCAAACCACAAGUCAAAACAAAAUAUAUGAUAAAGCCUAAGCUACUGGUUAACUGUUGUCUCACAGUGGCUAGUGUACUAGGUCGUUAAACCUUGAAAAUAUGGCCUGAUGUCCUUAAAGAUUUAAAGAUUUUUCAAUAGCCAUUGUUUUCAGGUGCUGAUCAUUCUAACGGUGCAGCUCAUAGCAUUAUCAUUUGAGCUUCCCAACCUGAGCGUGACCUCAGGAAAAUGGCCGCCACGUGGAGAAUAGAGGCAGUGAAUGGUGGUGAUUGUGCCGUUAGCUGGUAAAGAGGCAGCCAGUGGUAAGGGCAUAAUAGGAAAAGUGUCAGUCCUUAGAGUGAAUCUCAGUGUCAGUCCAGACUGGAAUCAUCUCCCAGGACUCAGACACAUGACUCCAACAGCAAGUCAUAAACCUCAGAGAUCAGCUGAAGACAUGAACACUUUACUUGUAGUUGAUAUUGUUGAGUUGUCAUGUAUUAUCCUUGCUCUACAGCCUGUACAUUGACCCUGGAUUUUUAGAUUAGGAAAGCUACACACAAAAAAACUUGCGUCGAAGAAACAGAGAGAGAAACCUGCGAUAGAUGCACUGUGUACAAAUGAUGACGCAAAAAUUAAAGCCAUUGAUAGUUGAAUGUGUGUUAAGAAUGUUGGACUCAGGAGGACGUCGAUCUACUUUGGAAGUUUCCAAAAAGGAUGUUUCCAUGUGGAAGUUAGAAUCAAAGUCAGACUCUAUUGUAUUUCGCUUGAUGGGAUGCAAAUGUCGUUGUUUAAGUUUUCCUCAGAAAAUACUGCAGGGCAUAAUGUAAUGUUCUCAAAUGUUAAAACCUUAUUGUAACCAGGUUCUACUUUUUAAGUUUGUUGCUCUGAGUGCAUGCCUAUUAAGAUGAAAAAUGUACCUGAAACUGAAAGCAGCAGUGACAAAAACUCUGAUAUAAGAAAUAAAUGACAUGACUAUGAGGUUGUGUUCUUCUGAGCUUUGUUUGCAGACAAUGUAGUCAGCUGUUAGCUCUGAUUAACCCUCUAUAACUACACACCUAGCACAGAACAGCAGACACCAGCUACAAGUGAGGGAGUGUUCUGUGUACAAGUAGAAGUUGGAGAAAGCUGAUUAUGAACGAGGACGUUCCUGGUUCUGUUUUGGCCAGUUGUUCUCGUUUGUCAUUCUGAAACUUGGCUGGAAAUGUAAGCAGUCAGUUCAGCAAAGCUAAAGGAAGCAGGACAUACAAUAACUCAUAACGUAGCACUGAAAGAAGAACUUUACACCAACAACAACAACAACAGUUUACUCUUCUUGUGGAGGCAUUGCCUUUACAUAUUGUUCCACAGUUUUUCUAUUCUCUGUGAUACUCUGCAAUGCAAUACUCUGUGAGCCAUCAGCUUGUUACCAUGGAUACAUGAUAACAUCACAUGUAUUACUUAAACAAGAUACUCUCCUGUUGGUUAAAAUACGUGAGUCAUUAGAUUUGUACUUGAGAUAAUGAGGCAUUGUGUUUGACCAUAUCCAGUCCUUUCUUGUUCAAAUUCGAAUGAUUAAUGAUCAAAAUGUUUGAUGCGGAAAUGCUGAUUUAUAAAAUCGCCAGGAGUGUAUCUGUAGAGCGCGGAGUUUACACGCUCGUUAGGUAUUAGAUUCACUUAUUAACAAGUUAAGAGUUGCUCAGGUCUUUGUGCCGGCAGAUGCUGAAGCUGAUGUUUUGGCUGCAGUUGUAGUUUUGGUGCCGAAUCAGAAGAGGACAUAUAUGGUGUAUUUCCACCCUUUGAUUCAUGCUUUGAAACAUGGUAUGUAAACGUGCAAUAUAUUGAUGGAAUGCUAUCAUAUUCAGUAUUGUUUUAUGUCAUCCGUGUUUGAUUGUUAAAUAUGAUCUUAAUGGAUUUUUAGAUAUUUCAAAAAGGUAAGGUAGCUGGAAGACCUGACCAAUAAAAUGAAAUGAAAAUGAA